AUGAGGCCCCCAACCCUCCUGCUGCUCUCAGGGACCCUGGCCCUGACAGAGACCUGGGCAGGCUCCCACUCCCUGAGGUAUUUCUUCACCGCGAUGUCCCGGCCCGGCCUCGGGGAGCCCCGCUUCAUCGCCGUGGGCUACGUGGACGACACGCAGUUCGCGCGCUUCGACAGCGACGCGGCGGAGCCGAGGAUGGAGCCGCGGGCGCCCUGGAUGGAGCAGGAGGACCCGGGGUACUGGGAGGGGGAGACGCGGACCGCGAAGGGCAACGCGCAGACGUUCCGCCUCAACCUGCUCACCCUGAGCGGCUACUACAACCAGAGCGCAGCCGGCUCUCACACCUUCCAGAAUAUGUUUGGCUGCGACGUGGGGCCCGACGGGCGCCUCCUCCGCGGGUACAGUCAGUCCGCCUACGACGGCGCAGAUUACCUGGCCCUGAACCGGGACCUGCGCUCCUGGACCGCGGCGGACACGGCCGCUCAGAUCUCCCGGCGCAAGUUGGAGGUGACUGGGGCUGUUGAGCGCGUCAGGAACUACCUGGAGGACACGUGCGUGGAGUCGCUGCGCAGGUACCUGGAGAUCGGGAAGGAGACGCUGCAGCGCUCAGAGGCCCCAAAGACGCAUGUGACCCACCACCCCACCUCUGACCAGAAGGUCACCCUGAGGUGCUGGGCCCUGGGCUUCUACCCUGCCGACAUCACCCUGACCUGGCAGCGAGAUGGAAUAGGCCUGACCCAGGACACGGAGCUGGUGGACACCAGGCCUGGAGGGGACCGAACCUUCCAGAAAUGGGCGGCUGUGGAGGUACCUUCUGGAGAGGAGCAGAGAUACACGUGUCAUGUGCAGCAUGAGGGGCUGCUGGAGCCCAAAGUCCUGACUUGGGUGCCCCCUCCUCAGCCCACCGUCCCUACUGACUCCACCGACCCCACCACAGGCGUCAUUGCUGGCCUGGUUCUCCUUGGAGCUGUGCUCACUGGAGCUGCGGUGGCUGCAGCUGUGAUGUGGAGGAAGAAACACUCAGGUAGGGAAGGGAGUGGGGGGAUCAUGUCCACUGGGGCUUUCAGGCCUGAGGUAGCACAUGCCCUGCCUGAUGAAAAAGGCAUGAAGGAGGAAGAGACUCAGAACCAAAGGAACAAUGCUCAGUGGUUCAAAGUGCUUGUGAAGGACCUGCGCAGCCGCUACAACCAGAGCGAGGACGGUGAGCUUCGAGGAGUGGUGCCAGGGUCAGGUCACCUCCCCAUUCCCAACCUAAGGCCGGGGUAUCCCGAGUCUCAGGGUCCACUGACCCCUUGA